CCCGCCCCUCUGGCUCGCCACUACAAAUACCUUCCCCCCACCCAAUUUCCUCUCUCUUUCUUACAACCUUCCACUCUCCAACAUCCACCACUCUCAACCAACCGUCGAUUUCCAUCACCACACCAUAUUUCCAUCGACCUUUUAUUACUCAUCAACUUCCUUUCAACUGUCUGAAGCUCAUUACAAUGGCUAGAACCAAGCAGACUGCCCGUAAAUCUACCGGUGGCAAGGCCCCGCGUAAGCAAAUCGCAGCCAAGGCUGCUCGUAAGGCUGCCCCAUCUACCGGUGGUGUCAAGAAGCCUCACCGCUACAAGCCUGGUACCGUCGCUCUCCGUGAAAUCCGUCGCUACCAGAAGUCUACCGAGCUCUUGAUCCGCAAGCUUCCCUUCCAGCGAUUGGUCCGUGAAAUUGCUCAAGACUUCAAGUCCGACCUUCGCUUCCAGUCUUCUGCCAUCGGUGCUCUUCAGGAAUCCGUUGAGGCCUACCUCGUCUCCCUCUUCGAAGAUACCAACCUUUGCGCCAUCCACGCCAAGCGUGUCACCAUCCAGUCCAAGGACAUCCAACUUGCUCGUCGUCUGCGCGGUGAACGUUCGUAAACUGCUUUAGCCGGUUUGGCUUAUCUUUUUCUUUGCAUGUUCAUAACUGUUUACGACUGGCGAGACAUGAUGGUUUCUUUUCAACUGGGGUUUUUCAAUUUGGGUUUGCUUUUUAAUCUCGUGGACAUGGGGACUGGGAUGGUCUGAGGCGUCUUUUGUUGUACAUUAUCAUCUCGAUUGCAAAAUUGCUCCGGCUCUAUCCCUUCUAUCAUGGGACAGACUUAGAUCUAUCAAUUAAUACUUCUAAGUCUCUUAACGUCUUACU